AUGAUCAUGCACGGGCGCUUGCGAGACCCUUCGCUCCGACCCCAUGACAUUGCCCCCGUUCUACUGAUCUCAGCCAUUGGGGAGCACUACGUCCGAGUCAUCGAAGCAUACAUUGACAUGGGACUGCUUGUCAUGCGGAUUACACCGCUUAUGGACAUGCGCGAGCGGGACUUGGAUCUGAUCAUCACCUUGGCAAAAUGGUGCUGGGGUGGUCCUACCAGCAAGAACACGGAAAUCCUCAUGCUUUAA